AUGACGGAAAAAAAAUUGCAACGUCAAAAACAACUUCGAAAUUCUCGUUAUACCGACCUGCGUGACGAACCCUUAACACACAUGCUUUCGCCCAUCAAAGGCUACGAAAUUAUGCCUCUUGUGCCGUUAGAAAAAGCGGUGUCUGAUAUAUCAAACGUUUUCGAUGACAUCGAAGAUUAUGUAUACGUAGCUAAAGAGAACUGCAAACAACCAGCAAAUGGUCUCAGUCAAGAUGAAUCAGCGUCAAUUCAUCUAUAUACAAUGGAAUUCGGCAUCGAACCUAGUUUAUAUAAGUCCCUUAAUGAAGCUCUUCGAGCCGAAAACCGAAGAAAACUUACACCAUGGUUUCCCUUUCUGAAAUUAUUUCUCACAGCUCUUUACAAGCUUCCUUCGUGUGCCCAGACAAUAUGGCGUGGCAUACGUGAUGUUAAUUUGAGUCCUGAGUAUCCCAUAGGAAAGAAGAUUGUUUGGUGGGGUGUUAGUUCAUGCACACGAAGUAUCGAUAUCCUCGAAUCUCAUCAAUUUUUGGGCAAACAUGGUACAAGAACUUUGUUCUCCAUUGAAUGUAAACAUGGGAAGUCAGUAGAAUCGCAUUCUUAUUUCAAAAACGCAGAGCACGAAAUCAUUUUAAAACCCGGCUCUUACUUCGAGGUCAUUGGUCAGUUGAGUCCAGCAGUUGGGUUAUAUAUAAUUCAUCUGAAAGAAAUAGAUCCACCCAUUGCAUUUGUUAAACCACCAUUUGCAAAUUUCUUCUCAACAUCGAAACCAAUAGAAAAUGCUAAUAUUGGGAAACCUAUACAAAGUAAAUCAGCAACAGAUAAACAGCAUCUGCCAGUUCAAAAUGGAAACCAUGUGAUGCCGGUAAAACCUAAACCAUUAGCAGCUCAAUACUCGCCACAUAUGCAGACAUUGAGUGCUGUGAAACCUGUGAAAAUGAAACCAUCGAUCAAUAAGAAACCGUCAUUAGCGCCUAAUUCUUAUUUCGGACCACCUCUGAAAUCUAAACCGCUAGAAGGUAAAUACUUUCUACUUCGAAAUUGA